AUGACCAUAGUCUUAAAUGAUCCCGCAUGGUGGGCAAACAUUAAUGCAAAUCGCAUUCAAAGCUAUUUUGUCGUUGCCGCCAUCGUUGGAGUAACAUAUGAUUGGACGCUUACAUUGGGACAAGAGGUCGAGUUGGUCUGGAGGCAACGAUGGUCUUUAAUGACACUUCUGUAUCUCAGUGUGCGCUACCUUGGAAUCUUAUAUGCUGCUCUGAACAUGUUUGUGGAUUCUUCAGGUUUUAUUACAUUCGUCGUACGGAAUUGGACGAAUGUUUUGGUAUUUGCGAUGCUCUGGGUCAUUAUCAUCACUCGGUUACAUGCCAUGUAUGAACGAUCCAGAAAGAUCCUGAUAUUUCUUGUUUUCACCUUCCUGGCUGUCAACAUUUUUGAUGGAGUGGUUGUCGUACUGUUGUCGAUAUAUGUUUCAGGGGAGGAACUCAUUCUCUCCGGCACCUAUCAGUGCUCAUUUGACUACGCGGAAGGUAUCCUACUUCUUCCUCCCAUCACUUGGAUACUCGGAACUGUGUGGGAGGUCCUCGCAGUAUGUCUCGCAGUCUGGAUUGCGGCAAAACACUUCCGUGAAACGCGACAACAUUCCGCAGGAGGAACUGUCGAGGACUGUUUCAGGGUGUUAAUGAAAACUCACCUGGUUUACUUUGCCAGCUUUGUUGCUAUUUCUUGCCUCCAGCUUAUUACUGAUUUCUCUCCAACACUCUCAACGGACCAGAAUCCCCUAGAAACUCAGACUUUUUAUGGCUUGCUUGAGAUUUUGGAGGUCCCUUGAAAGAUACACGGUCAGUUCGAGGGACCCAAUGAAGAAUGGCCUGAGCAUGUCAGAUCAAUGGCAGGCUGCAUAUUAAGAGCGUCUCGUGCCAGAACGAAUUGUAAUGAUUCGCUGGAAGACUCGGACUUCCGCCUCCACAGGCAGGACGGGUAGGAAGGAGUCAGAACUAAGAGAAUGCGUCUUGUGUAGGGCGGCUGCUACUUUUGAAAUGAGUUGGUAUAUGGCAUCGGUUGAUAAUGCAAAGGAAUCUAGUCAGUCCUGGAUCCCUCGCUUGAGGCUGUGUUGUUGACUGAUGAUCACAAAGAUGCGACACUACUACUAUCGUGCACUGCUAGUAGAUGUUCGCGUGCCGCACAGGAUAUGAAUUGCUCUGCUCGGGAUCUGAGGAACAGGCGAUCUGGUGAAAGCCAAAAUAGCGUACCUGCGAGAGAACUAUCAGCAUCUGACAAUCUAAUCAUGAUGGUUGAAACUUUGG